CUCUUGGGCCAAUAUGCUGCACCCCCCACAGCCCAGCUCAAGCAGCAAGCCCAGUUAACUUGAGCCCAUCACAGGAAGCCAGGAAGAUGGAAAGUGCAGCGCGUAUACGUGUUUUCCCUCGAGGCUCGCUGCUCGCAUCCGUCGCGGCGGCGGCCGACGGUCUCUCUUCCCAUCCGUGCCUGUGCACUGUGCCUCUGCUUUCUGUGAUCCGGCGAUCGGCGAGUCGGCGACUCCUGUGCCUCAGCCAGCGGAGCUGUGGAGCACCUCUGCAAUCCGGUCGGCGGCAGCUAGCUGCAUGCCUGCAUCUUGUACGAGCGCUGCUUGAAGUUGCAGAGAUUAAUCGAUGGAAAGAUUUUUCAAAAGAAAAGCGCCAGAGCCAGAUAGUGCCAACAUUGCUAGCAAUCUGUGUUUGGAUGAUAUCAACUGGGAAGAGGAGAUUAAAUAUGAUCCAGGUUUGCGGAAACAAAUAGAUGACUACCAUCCUAAUCUCAGAGAAAUGGUGAGAAGAAAGUACUUGGAAAAAGGGCCUUGUCAACCUCGCACAUGUAGUUUUCCUGUAACAAAUAUUGGAGGAGGGCCAAGAAGGUUUAUUCCAGAUUGGUUUGAUGAGUUUGGAAGUUGGCUUGAAUACAGUGAAUCUAAAGAUAGAGCGUAUUGUUUUUCCUGUUUCCUAUUCAGAGGAAAGAAAGAUGGUGGAUAUGAAGCUUUUGUGAAAAAUGGUUGGAAUGGUUUUCACAGAAAACAAAGGCUGAGAGAACAUGUGGGUGAUGUUGGUCGCUCGCACUAUCUAGCAAUGAAGAAGUGUGAUGAUUUGUUGCAAACAAGACAACACAUUAAUGUGGCUUUCCGUGGUGUAAGUGAAAGUGCUAAGAGGGACUAUAUGAUUCGACUGAAUGGGUCUAUUGAUGUCGCUAGAAUGUUAGCAAAGCAAGGCUUGCCUUUCCGAGGCCAUGAUGAGUCAAAGGAUUCCCUAAAUAGAGGGAAUUUCAGGGAAUUUCGUGAUUUUGCAGCGGAGCAAAAUCCAGUAUUAAGGAAGGCAACAAGUAAAGGAAAAUCAGAAAAUAGUCUUUUGGUUUCUCCUGAAAUACAAAGGGACAUUGUGCAUUGUUUUGCAAAGGAGGUGUUACAGGCUAUUCUAGAAGAAAUUCGGAAUGAUGUUUUUUGCUUGCUAGUUGAUGAGUCAAGAGAUGUUUCUUGGAAAGAACAAAUGGCUGUGGUCUUGAGAUAUGUAGAUAAAUGUGGAAUUGUGAAAGAAAGAUUUGUUGGACUUGUUCAUGUAAGUGAAACAACUUCAGCCCAUCUUAAGUCUUCCAUUGAUGCACUAUUUGCUGAGCUUAACUUAAGUUUGAAGCAAGUUAGAGGCCAAGGAUAUGAUGGUGCUAGCAAUAUGAGAGGUGAGUUCAAUGGCUUGCAAUCAUUGAUCAUGAGAGAAAAUAGUUCAGCUUAUUAUGUGCAUUGUUUUGCUCACCAACUCCAAUUAGUCCUUGUGGCUAUUGUGAGAAAGCAUAAAGGGGUUAGUGAUUUUUUUACCAAGGUUUCCAUAUUAUUAAAUGUUGUUGGUGGAUCAGCUAAGAGAAGGGAAAUGAUUAGAGAUAUUAACCUUAAAGAAAUGAGUAAGGCACUUGGGUGUGGGCAACUUCAAACUGGUACAGGGUUAAAUCAAGAGCAAAGUGUUCAAAGACCUAGAGAUACUCGUUGGAGUUCUCAUUAUAAAUCUCUGAAGAGUAUAGUUGACAUGUUUUCUACAAUAAUGAAGGUACUAGAAAUUGUGGAAAAGGAUAAGGACUGGAAAAUUAGAGAUCAAGCAUCAAAUCUUCGGGAGUAUUUCCAGUCUUUUGACUCCAUCUUCUAUUUGCAUCUCAUGUUGACUAUAUUAGGAAUCACAAAUACCUUGUGCUUAGCACUGCAGCGCAAGGAUCAAGACAUAGUGAAUGCUAUUAACUGUGUGAGAGCCACUAGAUGCCAAUUAGAUGAGCUUAGAAGAGAAAAGUGGGAAAAACUAAUAGAUGAUGUGUAUGAAUUUUGUGAGAAGAAUGAUAUUGCCAAAUUGGAAAUGGAAGAUGAAUAUAUUGAUCCAAAGAAGAGGAGGCACAAAUCUGGAAUCACAAACAAGCAUUACUAUCAAGUAGAUUGUUUCAAUGAUAUUAUUGAUUGGGUACUCCAAGAGCUUGACAGCCGCUUUAACGAGACAAGCUCUCAAUUGCUUGUAUGCUCGGCCUCUUUUAGUCCAAGAGACUCGUUUUGUGAUUUUAAUGUGGACAAGUUGUUGAGCCUAGCAAAGCUUUAUCCACAUGAUUUUGAUUCUGGGAAUCUGAGGGACCUUAGCAAUGAACUUGGCCUCUACAUAUUUGAUGUGAGAAAUGAUGAUAGAUUCUCCAACAUACAAACUAUUGCUGAGCUUUCUCAGAAAAUGGUGGAGACUAGAAAACAUGAUCGUUACCCACUAGUUUAUCGACUUCUGAAGCUUGUACUAGUACUGCCAGUUGCUACUGCUACAGUUGAGAGGAUUUUCUCUGGCAUGAAGAUUGUGAAAACAAAUUUGCGCAACCGCAUCGGUGAUCAAUUUAUGAGCGAUUGUCUUAUUUGCUAUGUGGAGAAAGAAGAAAUGAUGAAAGUCACGAAUGAGUCUGUGAUUCGUCGCUUCAUGAAAAUGCAAGAACGCAGAUUUGAUGAUAAUUAAAGGUAACAAUUAACAUAUAAUGUAUUUUGCCUAUUUUGAUAGUUUUGACCAUGCUAGUAGUAUUUAUAUUGCCAUUUUCUUUUGUUACUCUUUUAUAGUCGCACCCCCCUCUGUUACGCUCUAGCUUCGCCACUGCUAUCCGCACUCA